UUGAAUGGUUUGAGAGGGCAACCUCAGAUUCCGUCGAAGGCGCCGACAAAGCAGAAUGGGGUUAGAAACUCAUUUGGUUAUUCAGAUUCGGAGAAACACAAUCGAUUUGACCCCUUUGAUAUUUUUUUCUGGGGUUUCAAUGGAGGGGAGAAGAGUAGUCCCCGGUGGUGAUGGGGAACUGGCGCCACAAGAUGCAUCUCGUCGAUCUCGAUGAUGACGAUGAUUCGAUCGAGGAGAGGGCCGUGGUUGGCCAUUGAAGAAGGAGGAAGAAAUCGCAAAGGGCAGCGGCAGUGGG